GUAAAUUUCUUUUUAUAGUGAUCCUCAAAUGGAAGUUAAUGAAAUAGUCAAUAGUAUUUUACUAAAACAGCAUGACACUUCUGCCAAUUUAGAUGACAUUUUAAAUAACUUAAGGAUAUUAAGGAAUUUAUGUGCACGUGGAUGUAACAUACAGUCCCAAAUUGCAUCAAAUGAAGAUUUCCAACAAUUUCUUCAGAAUCUAUUAUUUGCAAAAGCACCAAGUAACAUCGAUGAAAGUAUUCCACAGUUACAAAAAAUUGGUUGGCAAUUAAUGGCCAAUAUCAUUGUAAAUAACGAAGAAACACAAGCAAUGGUGUGGCGAAAUCAUGGCAACAACAUUUUGCAACAGUGUAUGGACACUGAAAAAACAUUGGACAGAAAUGUAGAUGUUAUGUUAAUGAUAGUAUACAAUGUUAUGAAGCCGACAUCAGGAGAAUCAUUAGUUCAAUUGCCACUUGUGUUGAAAACUAUAUUAUUUGUUUGGCAUUCAAUAUUGGAACAAAAAUGUUCUCUUCAAUUCGAUUUUUUACAUUUUAUUUUUGAAGAAUUUUUGGUUAAAGAUGGUCGCAACACAAUUAAAUGUUAUGCACAAUUAACUACAACUGAAAGAUUGACAUUCCUUGAUUACUUGUUAAAUUACCUUCGCCAAGACAGUCCAAAUGGAACAGUACACACUUUCAUACUACAGCACAUUUCUAAAGAGUUUAAAAUCAAGUCCGAUUGUAUACUUCGCGUAGCAUCACUACAGGAAGUUGAUAAAAUGAAACCUCAAGAAGCCUACGCUCUUCUACAGUGUAUAGCAUCAGCUUCAGGAUCCGAAUAUUACUCGCAACUGUAUGCUACCGACCACUCACUGUUCUUAAAUGUUUCAAGUCUUUUACGCUGUUUAGUUUCAGCUAGCAAAGAAAGUUCAAAUACUAUUUUCUCACCUAUGAACAAACUGGAGGAGGUGGCACCCACAUCAACUGUUCCAGCAGAUUACCAAUCGGAAAUAUCAUUCGAAUUAAAAACAUUACUUGUCCGCUGCAUAGCCAAUUUGCUCUACAACAAUGAUACAAACAAGGGAUAUUGUUUGGAUACACAAUUAAUGCCAGCUCUAUUCGAAUGCACCAACAUGGAUGCACGAAAUCCUUUAAUGAAGGAAUGGAGCAUACUGGCAAUACGAAAUGCUUGCAUUGGAUGUCCGGAAAUUCAGCAAGUUAUAGCUAAUUUGACAAAACAGGGUCCUGCCCACAAUGAAAUACUCACCGAAUUGAAUUUAGAUAUGGGUUCGUUGCGAAUUAAUCCUGGUAAACAGUAAAUUUAAAUUGUAUUAUGGAAAACAAUUAAAUGAUGAAAACUGAAGCCGCCGAAUUUUUGUCUAACUGUCGUUUGCUCAAAAACAGGCUAACUCAAAUAAAUGAAAAACAAAUUAAACAGCUAGAGUUGCCAAGCAAUAAUUUUAUGAAAAUAAUAUUUUGAUCGGAAAAAAAUCGAAUAAUCGAUGACGUUAUCUCAAAAAUUCAAAUAACUAAAAAAAAGUCGCUGAAAGUAGUCCUUCGAUUUUAAAAAAAAUAUAUUUAAUUGCAACUAAGGCGAAUUUAUAUAAACUAGGAUCGCCUGCUGGCCGAAAUUCGACCACUUUUAUGGAAAGAAUUCUUAAAUAUUUUUUUUUAUUGUGCACAUCUAGAGAAAAAACCUUUUAAACCAUAUAUGUUUCAUCUAUAUUGGUGGACAAUAAAGUGCCCUGGUGACGAUCAAAUAAACACAUCAAUCACAUAGUUGUGUGCGUGCAGUCGUUCUUUUUCGGCUACACGUACGCGUUGUCGGCAAUGAUUGAUGAAAAUCAAAAAGUUUUGAUUUUUUAGUUGACGACUGAUUAUUUGAUCGUCUCCUGUCGUGAUUGACAAUCAAAUAUCAUUUGUGUUACGUCUCAGAUUAACAAAAAAAAAUUCAAUUUCUCCGAGAUUUUUGGUAAUAAUGAAAAAGUGCGGUGAUUGACAUAUUUAUUUGUACGUCUCCUUUAAAGCUUUAAGCAUACGACACUCACACAUAUGCACUGAUUGAAGGGUUUAUUUGAUCGUCUCCAGGGCACUUAACAUACUUAAGAGUGUAGCACAAAAAAACUUGUGGCCUAUUAUAAGAUUCGCCUUGAUUGCAAAAGUAUACUAAAACUAAACACAUAUGCACUUGCAUUUUUUCUUGUGUAUACAAAAAUAAAUAAAAUAUUUUUUUUUUAAAUGGCCAUGGUACUUCUUUAAAACUCCGUUAAUAAAUAAGUAUUAUUAUAUCUGAGAUAUAGGAUGCAGUUUGUUUCAAUUUCAUAUAUGUAUACACUAUAUCCGAUUUUUUUGUAGCUUACGUCUUUUUUUCCCAUUACACAUUUUAUAAUAUUAAUAAAAUUAUGUUGGUUACGACUAAAUUUUUUUAUUAAAAAAGAGGAAA